AUGGCGGGUGGUCUGCCUGUGAGGCUGGUGGACGGAGCCGACCAGUGCCAGGGCCGGGUGGAGGUCCUGUACCAAGGCUACUGGGGCACCGUGUGUGACGACAGCUGGGACAGCCAGGAUGCAGAUGUCGUCUGCCGACAGCUUGGCUGUGGCCAUUCCGUGUCUGCCCUUGGAGGGGCUCACUUUGGUCAGGGCUCAGGGAACAUUCUCUUGGGUGCUGUGGACUGCUCCGGACAGGAGCCCAAUUUGUCAAGUUGCCCUCAUGAUGGGUGGUACAACCACGACUGUGGCCACAGGGAAGAUGCCGGAGUCGUGUGUUCAGGUUACCCAUCUGGUUUGGCCCUGAGGCUGGUGAAUGGAGGACAUCGGUGCCAAGGUCGAGUGGAGGUCUUGUACCAGGGCUCCUGGGGCACCGUGUGUGAUGACAGCUGGGACAUCAACGAUGGCAACGUGGUCUGCAGGCAGCUGGGCUGUGGCUAUGCUAUAUCUGCCCCUGGAAACGCCCGCUUCGGCCAGGGAACAGGAUCGAUUGUGCUGGACGACGUGUCCUGCACAGGACAGGAGUCGUACCUGUGGAGCUGCCAACACAGUGGCUGGCUCAUCCACAACUGCGGACACGGGGAGGAUGCAGGUGUCAUCUGCUCAGAUGCUUUGGCCACAACUGCAACUAUUCCAACAACGUGGCCUUCCACGGCCCCAGAUUUUACCACGACAGAGACUGAUUUGGCCCUGAGGCUGGUGAAUGGAGAGGACCAGUGCCAAGGUCGUGUGGAGGUCCUGUACCAGGGCUCCUGGGGCACCGUGUGUGAUGACAGCUGGGACAUCAACGAUGGCAACGUGGUCUGCAGGCAGCUGGGCUGUGGCUAUGCUGUGUCUGCCCCUGGAAACGCCCGCUUUGGCCAGGGCACAGGACCAAUUGUGCUGGAUGACGUGUCCUGCUCAGGGCAGGAGUCGUACCUAUGGGACUGCAAACACCGUGGCUGGCUGUCCCACAACUGCGGACACGGGGAAGACGCAGGUGUUGUCUGCUCAGAGACUGAUUUGGCCCUGAGGCUGGUGAAUGGAGGGGACCAGUGCCAAGGUCGUGUGGAGGUCCUGUACCAGGGCUCCUGGGGCACCGUGUGUGAUGACAGCUGGGACAUCUAUGAUGGCAACGUGGUCUGCAGGCAGCUGGGCUGUGGCUAUGCUAUGUCUGCCCCUGGAAACGCCCGCUUUGGCCAGGGCACAGGACCAAUUGUGCUGGAUGACGUGUCCUGCUCAGGGCAGGAGUCGUACCUAUGGGACUGCGGGCACAAUGGCUGGCUCAUCCACAACUGCGGACACGGGGAGGAUGCAGGUGUUAUCUGCUCAGAGACUGAUUUGGCCCUGAGGCUGGUGAAUGGAGGGGACCAGUGCCAAGGUCGUGUGGAGGUCCUGUACCAGGGCUCCUGGGGCACCGUGUGUGAUGACAGCUGGGACAUCUAUGAUGGCAACGUGGUCUGCAGGCAGCUGGGCUGUGGCUAUGCUAUGUCUGCCCCUGGAAAUGCCCGCUUCGGCCAGGGCACAGGACCAAUUGUGCUGGAUGACGUGUCCUGCUCAGGGCAGGAGUCGUACCUAUGGGACUGCGGGCACAAUGGCUGGCUCAUCCACAACUGCGGACACGGGGAGGAUGCAGGUGUUAUCUGCUCAGCUGCCCAGAACAGGAGCACCACUAAGCCAUCGCGCAAGUCAUCCAUCCGGAUGCCUCCCUCACAGGUGGGUGCUAUCUCGCCCACCACAUUGCAGCUGGUGAACGGGUCAGGCCGAUGUUCUGGUCGCGUGGAAGUUUUCUACCAGGGCCACUGGGGCAGGGUUUGUGAUGACCUCUGGGACAUGAGCGAAGCCCAUGUGGUAUGUCGGCAGCUGAGCUGCGGGCGCGCCCUGGCCGCCCCCGGUGAGGCCCGAUUUGGAGAAGGCAGAGGGGAAUUUCUGCUGGAUGAUGUGGAAUGCAGUGGAGGCGAGAGUUUCCUGGGACAGUGUCUUCACGCCGACUGGCUCCUGCAUAACUGCGGCCCCGGGGAAGAUGCCAGUGUCAUCUGUGCAGUUGACAAAGGCAGCCCCACUCCUUUGUCCACAGGGGCCUGGCCAGCGCUGAGGCUAGUGAAUGGCACUGGCAGGUGUUCCGGACGUGUGGAAGUUUCCUACCAGGGCACCUGGGGGUCAGUGUGUGAUGACGGCUGGAGCCUGCGGGAGGCCCAGGUCGUGUGCAGGCAGCUUGGGUGCGGCCCAGCCCUGUCUGCGCCCCUUGGUGCCCACUUUGGCCCAGGCUUUGGAAGGAUUCUCCUGGACAACGUGCGCUGCAGUGGUGAGGAAAGCCUCCUGGCCCUGUGCACCCACAAUAGCUGGUUCAUGCACGACUGCCAGCAUGGGGAGGAUGCCGGAGCCAUCUGUGCCGGUUCCCUCAUGGCAGGCCUACCUGCUCCAGAAAAGAAAUAUCUUUUUAUCCUAAUAAAUAGAAGCAGAGUCAUUACCUGCAUCAUCACCAUCAUCAUCAUUCUCACUUUUUGCAUCUUUAUCACCAUCAUCAUCACUGAGAGAGUCAACACUGCCUCCAUCAUCAUCGUCACUGCCACAAUCAUCAACGCCAUCAUCAUCGUCAUCUUCACUUUUAUCAUCACCGUUACCACAAUCCCCACUUCCACCAUCUUCAUCAUCAUCAUCAUCAUCUUCACCAUUAUCAGCAUCACUGCCACAAUUACCACUGCUACCAUCACCAUCAUCUUCAAUAUCACCUUCACCACUGCCACAGUUAUCACUUCCAUUGCCACCAUCAUCACCAUCAUCGCUGCCACUAACACCACUGUUACAAUCAUCACUUUUGCCUUCAUCAUCAUUUUCAAAAUCACCAUCACCACUGCCGCAAUCAUCAUCAUCUUCACCUUCAUCUUCUUCACCAUUACCAGCAUCGCCGUCACAAUCAUCAUCACCAUCAGCAUCACCAGCAUCACCAUCAGCAUCUCCACUGCCACCAUCAUCAUCAUCAUCAUCACCAUCAUCACUGCCACAAACACCAUUGUCACCAUCAUCAUCAUCAUUGUCUUCAUCAUCAUCUUCAGUAUCAUCAUCACUUUCAUCACCUUCAUCCUCUUCACCAUUACCAGCAUCACUGCCACAAUCAUCAUCAUCAGCAGUAGCAGCAUCAUUAUUAGUACUGCCACAAGCACCACUGCUACCGUCAUCAUCUUCAAAAUCACCAUCACCACUACCACCAUCACCGUCAUCACCACCAUCAUCACCAGCAUCAUUGUCACCACCAUCAUCAUCACCUUUACCAUUACUAGCAUCACUGCCACAAUCACCAUCAUCACCAAUCCCAUCAUCAUCACUGCCACCAUCACCACUGCUACCAUUGAUAUCACUGCCUUCAUCAUCUUCAAAAUCACCACUGCCACCAAAAUCACCAUCAUCUUCAUCACCACCAUCAUCAUCACCUUUACCAUUACCAGCACCACUGCCACAAUCACCACCAUCAUCAUCACCAUCACUGCCACCAUCACCACUGCUACCAUCAACAUCAUUACCAUCAUCAUCUUCAAAAUCACCAUCACCACGCCACAAUCACCAUCAUCACCAUCCAUCAUCAUCACUGCACCAUCACCACUGCACCAUGAUAUCACUGCUUCAUCAUCUUCAAAAUCACCUGCACCAAAUCACCUCAUCUUCAUCACCACCAUCAUCAUCACCUUUACCAUUACCAGCACCACUGCCACAAUCACCACCAUCAUCAUCACCAUCACUGCCACCAUCACCACUGCUACCAUCAACAUCAUUACCAUCAUCAUCUUCAAAAUCACCAUCACCACCGCCACAAUCACCAUCAUCACCAAUCCCAUCAUCAUCACUGCCACCAUCACCACUGCUACCAUUGAUAUCACUGCCUUCAUCAUCUUCAAAAUCACCACUGCCACCAAAAUCACCAUCAUCUUCAUCACCACCAUCAUCAUCACCUUUACCAUUACCAGCACCACCGCCACAAUCACCACCAUCAUCACCAUCACUGCCACCAUCACCACUGCUACCAUCAACAUCAUUGCCUUCAUUAUCUUCAUCUUCAAAAUCACCAUCACAACUGCCACCUUCAUCAUCAUCACCAUCACUGCCACAGUCACCUCUGCCACCAUCGUCAUCAAUGUCUUCAUUAUCUUCACCAUCAUCUCUGUCACAGUCAUCACGGCCAUCAUCCCCAUCACCAUCACCUUCUUCACCAUCAGCAGAAUCACUGUCACCAUCAUCCUCAACUUCACCAUCAUCAUCAUUUUUACCAUCAUUACCAUUAUCAUCCUCAUACUUACCAGCAUCUUUGCCGCAGUCAUCACUUCCCACGUUAGGACCACCACAAUCACCUUCAUCAUUAUCCUCUUCACCACCAGCAGCAUCAGAAUUACAGUCGUCACUGCCAUCAGCACCAGCAGCAACAUCACUGCUAUCAAUAUUAACAUCACCAUCACCAGAACCCGGAUGGAGGUGAGGCUGCAGAAUGGCCCAGAAAAGUGUUCAGGCCGAGUGGAGGUCCUCAUCCAGGAUAUCUGGGGGACUGUGUGUGACGACGGCUGGGACCUGGCCGAGGCUGCUGUCGUGUGCCACCAGCUGCAGUGUGGCCGGGCAGUGGCAGCACCCUCAGGAGCCCACUUUGGGGCAGGUGCUGGAAAGAUCUGGCUGGAUGACAUGCAGUGUGUGGGCAGUGAGAGCCACCUGGGACAGUGCAUGCACGGGGUCCCAGCCAGGCACAACUGUGGGCACCUGGAGGACGCCAGCGUCAUCUGCUCAGAAAAAUCCCAGUGUGGUGGCGUUAUCACCAACUCAUCCGGAGCCAUCCGGAACCCUCCCCAGAGGAAAAUACACAGCAACAUCACCUGCAUGUGGGAAAUCAAGGCCAAUGCCUCAGACCAGGUCCGGCUGGCGUUCCCCUAUCUCAGCUUCGACUGUACCAAUGAGUAUUUCAAAAUCCUGGAUGGCCCUCCUUCCUCAGUCAAGUCCCUGGGCAAGGCCUGCUCUGGCACCCACCUCACCUACGUGUCCUCCUCCAGCUCCAUGAGCCUUGUCUACUUCAGGAGCCUCAACACCACAGGGGAAAACUUUGUUGCUUACUAUUACUCUACAGCCAAAGGGGACUGGCCGGAGCUGAGGCUGGUGGGUGGCUCUGGCCCGUGCUCAGGCCGCGUGGAGGUCCUCCACCAGGGAGCCUGGGGCACAGUGUGUGAUGACCUGUGGGACCUGAAUGAAGCCGAAGUCGUGUGCAGACAGCUGCGGUGUGGACGGGCCGUGUCUGCUCUUGGAAAAGCUUACUUUGGCCCUGGAUCAGGAGACAUCUUCCUGGACAACCUGCAAUGUGCUGGAGUGGAGCGCGCCCUGGGCCAGUGUGCCCACUCAGGCUGGUCAGAACACAACUGUGGGCACCAUGAGGAUGCCAGUGUCAUCUGCUCAGAUGCUGAAGUGUCCCUGGCUCAGGACCCAGGGGACUGGCCGGAGCUGAGGCUGGUGGGUGGCUCUGGCCCGUGCUCAGGCCGCGUGGAGGUCCUCCACCAGGGAGCCUGGGGCACCGUGUGUGAUGACCUGUGGGACCUGAAUGAAGCCGAAGUCGUGUGCAGACAGCUGAGGUGUGGACGGGCCAUUGCUGCUCCAGGAGAGGCUCACUUUGGCCCUGGAUCAGGAGACAUCUUCUUGGACAACCUCCAGUGCACUGGAAUGGAGCAUGCCCUGGGCCAGUGUGCCCAUUUGGGCUGGUCAGAGCACAACUGUGGACACCAUGAGGAUGCUGGCGUCAUCUGCUCAGAUGCAGAAGCCCUACCACCAACCACAGCUCCAGGUCCUUCUGUGGCUCCUCAGGAUCCUGUUACAGGAGGAAGUGAGUCUUGUGGAGGAGUCCUCUCUAGUCUCUCUGGCUCAUUUUCCAGUCCACACUACCCAGAAAGCUAUCCAACGGACAUCCAGUGUGUUUGGGAAAUCCACAUGAAAAAACAAUUGCGCAUACAACUCAUGAUUCCAAGUUUGAAACUGGAAGACAUUCCUGGGUGCCCCUAUGACUCGGUUGAAAUCUUCGAUGGCCCUCGGAUCGCUUCUCUCUCCAUGGGGAAAUUCUGUGGCUCCGUGGCUAUGCUGUUUUUUUCUUCCUCGGAUAUCAUGACCGUGGUGUUCCGCAGCGAUCCUAUGAUCACCAACCUUGGCUUCUAUGCCAUGUUUAAUGCUAUUACACAGGAUGAAAAAGACUCAGAAGAAGGCCCAGUGCUGCAGCUUGUGGGUGGUUCCAGCCGGUGCUCAGGCCGCCUGGAGGUCCUCCACAAGGGGACCUGGGGCACCGUGUGUGAUGACCUGUGGGACCUGAAUGAAGCCGAGGUCGUGUGCAGACAGCUGAGAUGUGGACGGGCCAUUGCUGCUCUGGGAAAAGCCUACUUUGGCCCAGGCUCUGGGGACAUCCUUCUGGACAACCUCCAGUGCUCAGGAAGUGAGAGCCACCUUGGCCAGUGCCCCAGCUCCACCUGGUCAGACCACAACUGCGGCCACCAUGAGGACGCUGGAGUCAUCUGCUCAGAGCCCCACUUACGCCACCUGGACCUCAGUGGUGGUCUGAACCUCACAGAGGUGUCAGGGCCAGAAGGAAGCAGCUCUUGUGGUGGCGUGCUUUCCAGUAUCUCUGGCUCCUUCUCCAGUCCUUGGUAUCCGGCUAACUACCCCACCAGCGUGGAGUGUGUCUGGGUCAUUCACGUGGCUGAGACGUUCCUCAUAGAAUUGAGGGUCCCAAGCCUGCAGUUAGAGGACGUCUACGGGUGCCCUUACGACUUCAUCGAGGUCUUCGACGGCCGGCAAGCUGCUUCACUCUCCAUGGGCAAGUUCUGUGCCGGAGCGGAACUCACCUUUCUUUCCUCUUCGAACAUCUUGACGACAGUGUUCAGAAGUGACUCCAUGGUCACCAACGUGGGGUUUUACGCCCUGUACAGUGCCAUUCUGCAAGACGAGAAGCACAGUGGUAUGUCCCUCCGACUGGUAGAUGGCAACCACAGGUGUGAAGGUCGGGUGGAAGUCUCCUACAAUGGCACCUGGGGCACCGUGUGUGAUGAUCACUGGGACCUGUCAGAUGCCAAGGUGGUAUGCCAGCAGCUGGGCUGUGGGGAGGCUCUGUCAGCUCCACCUGAGAGCUACUUUAACGGAGGCACUGGCCACAUCCUUCUGGACGACAUGCAAUGCAUGGGGGAUGAGGCCAAGGUGUGGCAGUGCAUGCACAGUGGAUGGUUCUCCCACAACUGCGGCCACCAUGAGGAUGCCAGUGCCAUCUGCUCGGGUAUCGACAGUGGUCCAGACGUGGCACCAACAGAUGACAGUUUCCAGUGUGGCGGUUUGCUCACAAACAAUUCGGGCUCCUUCUCCAGUCCUUGGUAUCCUAUGAAAUACCCCACCAACGUGGUAUGCGCCUGGGAUAUACAAGUAGACAGCAGAGCUCAUGUCAAGCUUACAUUUCAAGUGGUAAAGAUGGAAAAUUUCUACGGCUGUCCAUAUGACUUCAUUGAAAUCUUUGAUGGUCCACCAAGCGAGUCAUUCUCCCUGGGGAAGUUCUGUUCUGGGAUCACCCCAGUGUUUGUAUCCUCUGCCAACCGCAUGAGGGUGGUGUUCCACAGCGAUGCCAUCAUCACCAACAGCGGCUUCCAUGCCUCGUACGAGUCCCUGGUGCAAGAUGAGAAUGACACUGACGUGGCCCUGAGGCUGGCCGAUGGCAGCCACCAGUGUGAGGGCCGCGUGGAGCUGCACUACAACGGCACCUGGGGCACAGUGUGCGACGACGGCUGGGACCUGCGGGAUGCCCAAGUGGUAUGCGGGCAGCUGGGCUGUGGCAUGGCCCUGGCCGCCCCAGGACAGGCACAUUUCAGGCGAGGCCAGGGCCCCAUUGCCCUGGACGAUGUGGAGUGUAUGGGGACAGAAGCCAGGCUAUGGCAGUGCCUGCACAAUGGCUGGUUUGCCCACAACUGUGGCCACCAUGAAGAUGCCAGCGCCAUCUGCUCAGAUCUGCCCGUGGUGAGACUAGCCGACGGGGAGAGCAGGUGCCAGGGGCGUGUGGAGAUCCACCAUGGUGGCACCUGGGGCACAGUGUGUGAUGACCUCUGGGACCUACCUGCUGCCCAGGUGGUGUGCCAGCAGCUGGCCUGUGGGUUGGCCCUGGCAGCUCCCAGAAGCAGUCUGUUUGGUGAUGGCUCCGGCCCCAUCUUUCUGGAUGAUGUGAGGUGCACAGGCAACGAGAGCAGCCUGGGGCAGUGCCGCCACCUGGGCCUGUCUGUCCAUAACUGCGGCCACCACGAGGAUGCCGGGGCCAUCUGCUCAGACUUGCCCGUCAUCAGACUGGUGGAUGGGAGCAGCCCCUGUGAAGGGCGCGUGGAAGUCUACCACAACAGCACAUGGGGCACCGUGUGUGACGACCUCUGGGACAUCAGUGCUGCCCAUGUGGUGUGCCGGCAACUGGGCUGUGGGAAAGGCAUCCGCGCGGUAGCACAUGGCCACUUCGGGGAUGGCAUGGGUAGCAUCCUCCUGGACGACGUGCAGUGUCAGGGCAACGAGACCUCACUGGGCCAGUGCCGCCAUCUGGGCUUGUCCGUGCACAACUGUGGCCACCACGAGGACGCUGGGGUCAUCUGCUCAGAGACGCCGUCCGGACAUCCAACACCGCCCUCAGCCACCUACCUGCAGCAGCCAGCGGUGUGGCCCUACGAUUGCUCCUGCUCUCAGGCAGCCUCAGAGGUGGACCGUGUCACACAGAAACGGGACCUCUCGCAGCUUGCUUCUCCACUGCAAAUGACGGGCGAGACCCAGACAGCCUUCAUAGCGAUGCCCACGUCUUGUUCCUCGCUGAUUCAGUCUCUUACUUCCGCAGACCCAGCCGUGCGCUUGGUGGACGGGCGCAGCCGCUGCGAGGGACGCGUGGAGGUGCGGCACCAGGGCCUGUGGGGCACGGUGUGCGACGACCACUGGAGCCUCAGGAAUGCGCGCGUGGUGUGCCGCCUGCUGCGCUGCGGCCGCGCGCUGGGCGCCCCGGGCCGUGGCCGCUUCGGCCCGGGCACCGGGCCCAUCCUGCUGGACGACGUGCGCUGCGCGGGCACCGAGGCCACACUGGGGAGCUGCGCACACGCCGGCUGGGCAAAGCACGACUGCCGGCACCACGAGGACGCCGGCGUGCUGUGCGCAGGUCCAGCUGACUUGGCCGUGCCCAAGGACAACGCCCGGCUCUCCUGCUUGCCUCACCUCUUCCAAGCCACCAUUGACCGAGGCUAUCUCCAGAGGCUGGGCUACUCCUCCUGGGACGUCCGUGUCCAUGAUGAGCUGUGUCGCCCCAGGGUCACAGGACGCUACCUGAUCUUCAGCAUUCCUUAUGGCCGCUGCGGCACCGUCCGGCAGGAACACGGAGGCGGCUCCCUUAGCUACUCCAACUCCAUCAGAGGCCGGAAACAUGGUCACCCUGGCCGAGUCAUCGUGCGACACAAGGUGCCGCAGCUGAAGUUCACGUGCAGGGUGGAGAGCUCGUCUGCAGCUGGAGUCGCUGGUGGGGUGGACACCGCUCUAGAGGGCUCCCGCUACGACGUGUCCAUAUCCUUCCUCCAGUCGCCCACAGCCCAGCCUGUGUGGGGUGUGGCACCGUACUAUGCCAGCCGGAAGGAGGAGGUCUUUCUGCAGGCCACACUCCACAGCCCAGACCUCAACCUGAGGCUCUUCGUGGAUACCUGCGUGGCGUCUCCGGAUCCCCAAGAUUUUGAAACCAUCAAAUAUGACUUGAUUCGACAUGGGUGCAUCAAAGACAGUUCCUAUGCCUUCCUUCCCUCCCACCAGAAGAACAUGGUGCAGUUCAAGUUCAACGCCUUCAGCUUUCUUGACAGCUAUGAUGUGGUCUACCUACAGUGCAAGGUAGCCGUGUGUCAAGCUGGGGACCUCUCUGCUCGUUGCUCCCAGGGUUGUGUGGGGCAGCGUAGGAAAGAGGCAGGCCUCAUGGAGGCCAAGGAAGCACAGGAUGAGCGCUACCAGCUGGUGGGGCCUCUGGGGAUACCGAGAGCACCCGGGCAGAGCCAUCGAUUUGUGUGA